AUGAGCCGGAAGGAGGCGGAGGCGGGGGGAGGGGAGGGGUCGUCGUCGCGGGCGGAGGGGGGCGGGGAGCUGGCGGAGGCGCUGGCGGAGGCGCUGGCGCGGCGGCGGCUGUACCGGGAGGUGACGCUGGCGCUGCGGGCCGGGCUGCGCGACGCCGGGGCCGACUUCUCCUUCCUCCGCGCGCGGGGGCUCCGCGGCCUGCUCGGCUUCCUCCGCGCCACCGCCGCCGCGCCCGACGACUCGCAGCAGCAGCUGCUCCUCUUCCGCCACUCCCAGUCCAUCCCCGAUCUCCAAGUUAUUCCAGUUCUCUUUCAGAAUUCAUUGCAUCAACCAAAGGAUACCGUUGCGACACUGGAUCAUAUAUUUGGAGUCGAACCAACGAAGAUUACGAGCCCCUCAACAGAUUCCGAAAUUGCUCUAGCUCUUCGAGUUUUGGAAGGUUGCUGCCUUUUGUAUAGCAGAUGCACUGCUCUGGCCCACAAGUACAAGGCUGUGCAGGUACUGCUGAAUAUAUUAGCCAGCCGAGGUCCAACUGAGCAAGGGGUGUGCUUAGAUGCUCUCAUAUCAUUGAUGUUGGAUUCACCUUCGAAUCAGAUUGACUUUGAGGAAUACAGUGGACUUGAAAAGGUUGCUGAGCUUUUGAAGGAUGUUCAAGUGGAAGAACACAUAAGGUUGAAAUGCGGGGAAUUCCUACUGUUGCUCAUCGGCCAUGUUUAUGUGAAGGAAAACACUCCCAUACAUGAACAGAUGAGAAACCUACUCGGGGAGCAGUGCGCGUCACUCAUAUGGGCAGCGAGCCGGUUUGGAUCCACCCUCGACGCGGAGCAGAGGCAGAUGGCCCUGCAAAUACAAGCGAGGAGAGUCGUUGAAUCCCUGGAGCCCUACUAG